AUGAACCGUCGCGAUAGAAAAAUAGCGCGCUCCAUCGUCUUCGCAAUCCUCAGGGAUGACAAAGCUGACAAGCGAUUUCGACUCUGGCGGCCAGUUCGGAUUUUCUUUGCGAUAUACGGACUCCUCCUUGCCAAGUACCGACCGGACCUGUUCCAGAAACUGCGUACACCGAUAUGGAAAGUCUCAGAUGAUGAAUAUAAGUCUAGCUUUCAGGAGGGUGAUGCCUUGUCUACGAGAGGAAAUAUGGGAUAUUCCGGCUCGACCUUCUUCAUUACCAAAGAUAACAAGUACUUGAUCAAGUCCAUCCCCCGUCAAUUCGAGCACACAUUCUUCCGCGAUGACUUGCUCGAUCCCUAUGUCUCACAUAUGGAAUCUCACCCAAAUUCCUUCCUGGUGCGCAUCACCGACUUCUUGAUCUGGCAAUACAAGAGUCUCGGAGGCCUCUUCGGCUUAGCACCCACCUAUCACCUGGUCAUGGAGAAUCUCCUGCACGGCCAACAAGAGGACUCGGACUGGCAGACCUUCGACUUGAAACCAAUGUCAUAUUUCUACCCCGAACGCGACGUUGCAGGGGGCAAACUAGCUUCACAAGCCACCAAAUCUAAACUUGCCGACAAAUUCGACGACAAAUUGGUCCUGAGCCGCGCUCAGGCUGACGAAUUCUUCCGCAAUCUCGAACAAGACACUGAGCUCCUUGCGAAGCACAAUGCUGUCGACUACAGCCUGAUGAUUGUACGGACACCUAAGACCGCAUCCAUUGACAAAAAUCCGUUCAAAGAUCCCACAACGGCGGACUGGCGCAACGGUGUCCCCUCGCAAGACAACAAGUGGUUGUUCAGGGCCGUCAUUCUCGAUUUCUUCUGGGCCAAGCAUAAGGCCCACGCCAAAGCAAUGACGUGCCUUAUCAACACGUGGAAUCUCAUUGAUCGCCAAGGACCAAUGAGCAUUACUACCCAGUCGCCCGAGUACCGGAGUCGGUUUUUGAAUAUGUGCAGGGAAAUUGUUGAGGUGAUGGAAUAA